AAUUAAAUUUCAAUCGUAAGACUGAUAACAAGCACAAUGAAAAUCGCUGUCGUAGGAUCGGGUGUUGUAGGACUAACAACAGCCAUUGAACUCCAAAAAGAGUAUAGAAAUGCAAAUAUUACGAUUAUUGCUGACAAUUUCUACAAAGAUACAACAAGUUAUGUAGCGGCAGGAAUUUUUCGACCAGGAACUUCCUUCAGUGGACCUACGGAAGAAAUCACGAAAAAAUGGGUGCGUGAUUCUUACCAGCAUUGGGAUGAUAUCAGAAAAUCUUCAUACUCUAAUCUUGCGGGAGUGUGUGAAGUUUCGGGAUAUAUUUUGUCUUCAUAUUCUCAAUCAAUUACUCGAAACUUUUUAAUUGAAGACGUAUUGCCGGCUUAUCGUAAUGCCACUGAAGAAGAAUUAAAAAUUUGUCCAGGUAACUGGAAGUAUGGAAGUUUCUUCACAACUCUAGUCACUGAAUGUGGUUUAUAUCUUCCAUGGGCAACCAAAAACUUCCUUGACCGUGGAGGUCAAAUAUUUAAUCGUAAAAUAAACGAUUUUGCAGACUUACAUGGAACAUAUGACAUAAUCGUUAAUUGCACUGGAUUGGAAGCAAAGAAUUUGUGCAAUGAUCGCAAAGUUGUGCCAAUUCGAGGUCAAGUUUUAAAAGUUCAUGCACCUUGGAUAAAAAUGGCAUAUUACGGUGAUUACGACACAUACAUUGUACCAGGUUUUAGUGGAGUUACUCUUGGCGGUUGCAGAAAUUUCGAGUCAGUUGACAUGACUCCAAAUAAAUAUGAUUUCGACUCAAUUAAAAGUCGAUGUGAAGCACUCGUGCCAAGCUUGCAAACAGCUAAAGUAACUGAAGUUAAAGUAGGAUUAAGGCCACAUCGGGAUCCUGUGAGAGUUGAAUAUGAGUUUAAAGAUACAAGUCAAGGAAUACUCAAGAUCAUUCAUAAUUACGGACAUGGCGGGUAUGGCGUGACUACAUCACCAGGCACUGCUAAGUAUGCUGUUAAAUUAGUGAGAGAUGUCUGGACCGGAUACAGUCGUUUAUAAUUGCAUUUAUCGAUGUAUUUGUAUAAAGAAUGCCAAGGUUAAUAAGCGAUAAUUAUUUAAACAAAUGUUUUCUAUCUGUUAUCAAAUAAAAGUCGCGUCUGUCUGUACUAAGCC